AUGUCAUGGCCAGUAUCAAAUACUUUGAUGAUUGAACCAACCGAGUCCGAAUCAAAGGCCGAAUUAGAUAGAUUUUGCAAUGCAAUGAUUUCUAUACGUAAAGAAAUCCAAGAAAUUGAAGAAGGCAAACAACCAAAAGUCAACAAUAUUUUGAAAAAUGCACCGCAUACAAUUCAUACACUGGUCAGUACAGAAUGGGACAAGACAUAUUCACGCGAGCAAGCCGCGUAUCCAAUGGUGGAAUUACAAAGGCGCAAGUUUUGGCCGUCAGAAUCUCGUUUGCUCUUGUCCACCGAUCGAAGACUAUGUGGAAUGAUUGAACAAGAAAUGCUUAAUAUACCACUACUUGUAUUACAAGUAUUAUCAGUUCUCAUUGUUACCGAGUUUAUCAAUUUGGUCGAAGAGCAAGGAACCUUUGUUGAUUCCAUGGGGAAUAUACAUAAAUUGGAUGAGGAGUUUCUUUUGUUGUCUUCUGGUAUACUCAUUUCGUUACCUGUUCCACGCGGAGCUGUUAAUAACUAUGGGAAGAGUGGUGAUCGGAUGUCAAAUGUUGCAUAUCCAUACUAUAAUCUUUGGGCAGUCCACUCUUAA